CUCUCUCAUAGCGAGAGGGGGGAGAGAGAAGGGGGUAGCCCCGGUCUAAACUUGAAAGUUUCGGGAGUGGAGAGGGCCUUCUUCAGGGCAGUGGGAAAGCCGGGCGGCCCGGAUGGAGCGGGUCAAGUCGCGGGAAGGAAAGCGCAGCAGCGCCCUUUCUCCGCCCGGCGGCCCGUUGGCCCCGAUGUACCGUUAGUCGCGCUCAGUCCGUCGAACGGGACGACCGCGCGCCAGGACUGCUCCUGCUUCUCACGGCGCAGCACUGGCAAGGUUCAGGCACCUGCUGCAGCGCUCCAUGGCGGCGGCGGCCGGCCCCGGGCCCGAAGCCCAGACGCCGGAGCCGCCCUCGGAGUCGCCGCCCAACAACGACCACGAGUCGACUGCCACGGUGACGCCGCCGACGGACGAAGAGGACGAGGGCCCUCCCCCGGCGGCGGUGCCCGAGCCCCCUCCGCAGCCCCAGCAGCAGCAGGCGCACCAUCGCGCAGGUGAGCCCCGGCCUCCGGCGCCGGGCGCUGGCAAUUGGCCGCUUCCCGAGCUGGGCCGUUUCCUGCUUGCGGGGCCGCCCAGCAGCAACGAGCAGCUUCCUGCCGGCCGCGGCUCCUCUUGUCGGGCAGCAGCCGCAGCCAUGGAGAGCAACAUCACGCUGUGGCAGUUCCUGCUCGAGCUGCUGCUUAGCCAGCGCUACAGCCACAUGAUCACCUGGACCAACGAGGACGGCGAGUUCAAGCUGGUCAACGCCGAAGAGGUGGCGCGCCUGUGGGGGCUCCGCAAGAACAAGCACAACAUGAACUACGACAAGCUGAGCCGGGCGCUCCGCUACUACUACGACAAGAACAUCAUCAAGAAAGUACUGGGCCAGAAGUUCGUCUACCGUUUCGUCUCGUUCCCGGAGAUCGUCAAGACGGAGAACAAGAUCCCGUUCCACGUCAAGAUGGAGAGCAUGGCGCAGGCGCCGCAAGACCUCAGCGUCAAAGGUCGUGAGCGCAAGCGCUCGCUCUCUGACGAGGACGAGCCGGCGGCCGACGACGUCUCGUCCACGAGCAGCGGAGGGGGCAAGCGGGCGAGGCCCGAGUCCGACACCGACUCGUGCCCGUCGCCCGGCAGCGGAGCCGGUGCCCCGUGCCUUUCCCCGUUCCUGGCGGCGGCCGCCGCUCACCAUCGCGGCAAGUUGACGCUGCCCUUGUACCCUCCGUUCACGGCGACGCGUCCCUUCACCCUGCCGCCGUUCCCGCCGCUGGGGCCGUUCGUCCCAUACUCGCCGUUCGAGCCGCAGCUCGUCUUCUCGCCCGCCGCAAAGUCCAUCUCAGUGCUGCAGUGACACCCAAACCCGAGCGCUGGACGCCGGGCAGUGCUGCCGCCGAACUAUCAUCCCCGUUUUUUUUUUUUUUUCUUGCCGUGUACAGUUUAUUCAUGUGUGUGGCUUCCGCUCUGUAGUGCAGACGCCGCGGAAAAUAAAAGCUAUAAAGGGGCGCGCCCCCUGUCGGA